UAGUUGUAUAAUGAUGUCAAAAGAAAGAUUGAGAUUAGUUACAAUACCUUUGAUCGUACCCUAGUGCUAUUUACGUUUUUGUUUAUGGUUUCUUUCCCUAGUUUGACAGUUCUCAGCUGAUCGAAAAUUUUGUGACAAGUUGCAAUCGGAUAUGUGAAUGUUUGUUUUCAGUAAUAAUUAAAAUGUUUCCAGCCCUUAAAAAGUCUCGCUUAUGCAAUUAUUAUGUGACUUUACACAGACGAUGGAUUUAUCCACCGAUUGGUGCCAUUCACAGCAAUGGGUUGUUAAUUCAACGACGGCAGAAUGUAAUUGCGCGUUUCCUGUGCUCUUCGACCACCAAACAGACUGCCGGUGGAGAUCGCUGGGGUGAGGAAUGCCAACAAUAUGGACUGAAAUUUGAAUCCCUCAGCAGCACGCCCCCGAAAAAUGCCCGGGUUGUAAUAUGUGGUGGUGGAAUCAUGGGCGCAGCCGUAGCAUACCAGUUGGCGGAACGCGGCUGGGGCCCGCAUACGGUUCUUAUAGAGAAGGGACGGAUUGGUGAAGGCAAUCCAUGGCAUUUCAGCGGUUUGCUAGGUGAACUUAAACCGUCCUACUCACAGGUGCUAUUGGCUCAAACUUCACUAGACCUAAUAAAGGAGUUUGACAAAAAGGGUCUUCCUACGGGCUGGAAGCAAACAGGCUCGCUCAAUCUGGCCAGAACUAGGGAUCGCAUGACGAUGUUCAGGAGAAUGAAAUCGCAGAGCGUUUCAUGGAAUGUAGCUUGCGAACUCGUAACACCGGAACGAUGCAAAGAGCUUUGUCCGAUAAUAGAAAUUGACGAUUUGGUAGGCGGACUGUGGAUUCCGAAUGACGGAAUAGGCAAUCCAAAUGCAUUCUGCCACAGUCUGGUUAAGGAAUCGAUAGACAAAGGUGUAACCGUAGUGGAACAAUGUUCCGUCACAAAAAUAGUUCAGGACGACUGGAGAGUGAAAGCAGUAGAAACCACUAACGGAACCGUAGAGUGUGUUUAUUUUGUGAACUGCGCUGGUUUUUGGGCACGCAAAGUUGGUCAAUUAUCCGAGCCAUACGUUAAGGUACCUUUACAUGCUGCCGAACAUUAUUACUUGCACACGAAACCGAUCUACGAACUUAACUCAAGUAUUCCGGUGGUUCGCGAUCUUGAUGGUCAUGUGUAUUUCCGAGAGAAUAAUGGAUGCUUGCUUGCCGGUGGCUUCGAAACGAAAGCUAAACCAGCUUACGAAGACGGGGAUGUUCCAGUUUCGAUGGCAGAACGAGAACUUCCAGCCGAUUGGGACCACUUUCAUCCGUUGCUGGAUGAGCUUCUACAUAGGAUUCCUUGCUUGAAGGAUGCAACAUUGGAGCGACUCUCGAACUGCCCCGAAGCCUUUUCGCCCGACUGCAAGUGGAUUAUUGGAGAGGCACCUGAGAUUCAGAAUUAUUUGGUAGCCGCGGGAAUGAAAACCAUUGGAAUGUCUGCUGCUGCAGGUGUUGGUAGGGCGAUAGCUGACAUUAUUACGCAAGGAUAUUCAACAGUAGAUCUACACGAACUCGAUAUCUCACGUUUUCUCGGGCUGCACAACAAUCGCAAAUUUCUCCGGGACCGAGUUCGUGAGGUACCUGGUCUGCACUAUGAUCUGAGCUAUCCAUUUCACGAGUUCCGUACGGGACGAAACCUGCGCAUGUCACCAAUCUUCCCUGCACUCAAGGAAGCUGGUGCCGUGUUCAGUCAGGUGAUGGGCUAUGAGCGACCUGCCUGGUUCGAUAAAAACGAUUCGCUUGAUGAGAAAGGUAUUCCCAAGUUUCGAAUUGCAACGACUGAAGGUUUUGGUAAACCACACUGGUUCGAUAAUGUUCAACGUGAGUAUGAUGCUUGUCGGGAGAAAAUUGGUUUAAGUGAUUACAGCACCUUCACGAAAAUCGAUUUGUGGUCGAAAGGGCACGAAGUGGUAGAUUUGCUUCAACAUUUGUGCUCGAAUGAUGUUGACCAACCGGUCGGAGCUAUCGUUCAUACUGGGAUGCAUAACCGACACGGUGGAUAUGAGAACGAUUGUUCGCUUGCGAGACUGUCAGAAAACCAUUACAUGAUGAUUGCACCGACGGUGCAGCAGGCAAGGUGUAGAGCGUGGAUCGAACGUCAUUUACCUCCAGGUGGUCGGGUGAGCGUUUCGGAUGUAACUUCAAUGUAUACUGCCAUCUGUGUGAUGGGUCCUUUUACUCGAAUAAUGCUAUCGGAAUUAACCGAUACUGAUCUGUCACCAAAGAAUUUUCCUUUCUUCACUUGUAAGGAACUGGACGUAGGUCUCGCCAAUGGAAUCCGGGCACUAAAUUUAACGCAUACAGGCGAGCUGGGUUAUGUUUUGUACAUACCAAACGAAUUUGCCUUGCACGUGUACACCAAGCUCAUGGAAGCUGGUCAAAAGUACGGCAUCAAGCAUUGUGGAUACUACGCGAUGCGAACGCUGCGAGUAGAGAAAUUCUUUGCCUUCUGGGGUCAAGAUCUGGAUACUUUCACCACACCCCUCGAGUGUGGACGAAUGUGGCGCGUUAAAUUCGAUAAACCAGUCCAUUUUAUCGGUCGAGAUGCACUGCUUCGGCAACGUGAUGAGGGAGUUCAGCGAAUGUACAUUCAGCUAUUGAUCAACGAUCACGAUCCAGACAUUGAUUUAUGGAGUUGGGGCGGUGAACCGAUUUACAGAAAUGGUGCCUAUUGUGGACAAACAACUACUACGGCCUAUGGGUUCACCUUUAAAAAACAGAUUUGCCUGGGAUUUGUGAAGCAUCUCGAUGCCAUGGGAAAUUCUCUCCCGGUGACGAAUGAUUUCGUGCUGAAUGGCGACUACGAGGUAGAAAUUGCUGGAAUUCGUUACCCGGCCAAGGCAAACCUGCAUUCACCGAAUCUGCCCACAAAAUAUCCGGAUCAGGAGCGCGAGGCGUACAAAGCAACAAGAGACAAAUCGGAUGAGUGUAAUUUGCUCGCCUUCAGAAAGCGGUAAUCGGUUCGACGCGUCAUCGGUCCGUUCGAAAAGUGUGUGUGUGUGUAUUUACGCGUGAACGUGUGCUAAUGACAAUAUGUUUUUCAUCAAAAGAUAUCAAAUUGUAUUCAA